UGAGGUCCACGCCCCCUUAAUCUAUCAUGGUGCAUCUAUUACACACAGUAAACAAAGCCAAGCCAAUCUCUUAGAGAGCUACUGAACACGCCAUGGAAGAUCCUGAGCCAAAGAGACCUCCCCCACCAAAGUCAUAUGUUCCCCUUCUCAUCUUGGGUGAUGAACCUACCCCUAAACUGCCUCCAAGGCCUCGUAUAAAUGGUGAUGCCUCUGGGACUGUCCCUCAGCCGCCUUCGGGCAGCCCAGUUCCUCGCCCUCGAACGAAUAGUGUAAAGAAUCGGUCUGAGUCCCCUGUCCCAGUGAAACCAGAGAGGAAGAAGACAAAGAAGGCUCCACCCACUCCUGCACCAUACAUUAUUCCCUCGGUGAAGGAUGAGGACACUGGGAAGCCACCCUCCCCACAAGCCGCUCCUCGCAGGUCACCUGACGUCACAGACGGUCCACAACCAACUUACGCUCCCCCUAACGUUCUCAUUGACAGUUUGUACUCAGAGGUCAAGAAGCCAAAACGCUACCCUGCACCUAACAUGCCAGCCCCCCCUCCGCCUGGAGAGGACGGAGACGAGUCUGAGUCCCUUAGAAAGAGCUUAUCCACUCGGGAAAGUGCUCAACCACCACCUCCCAGUAAAGUACGGCCUGGGAGACCUCCACCCAGCAGGCCUUCAAGACCUCCUGCUGUGAGCCCACCCCCUGUUAUAUCAAGCACCGCCAGUUCUGUCCCCUCUCCUAAACACACUGUUCCAGCACCCACCAGCAAAGCUCAAUCAGUGAAAAAACGGACUAGCAGACCUGAGAUCACAGUUGUGAGUGCGCAGCUCAUGUCCAGUGACGUCAUCCCCUCCCCUCCAAUGUCUCCCCAAUAUGAACAACCCUCCCCUCCGAUGACUCGUAGACAGAUCCCUCCUCCAAAUAGACCAGCCCCCGACCCACGCCCUCCGCAGCCGACAAGACCCCCCAGUGCUCCUACUAGACCAUCACAACCCACCAGACCUCCCGCUACUGUUCUGGCACCGCCAAGUAGACCACCUCCUGCCUCAAGGCCACCUCCCCCUCAACCAACAAAGAAGUCACCUCCAGCCAAACCGAAGCCGUUUACUGAGCGUAAAAUGUCAGUGGAGGCAGGUGAAUCUCCCAAAACUGCACCUGCUCGACCAUCAGCAAGACCACCACCACCCAAGGCAGUAUCAAAAUCCAAGAAAGACAUGGCCGCUGCCCUGGGCCCACCCCCUGACGAAGAGCCUCCGGAACUUCCAGCCAAUGCUGACGAGAAUGAGUUAGUAUUGAGUGGUCAAGACACAAAAACACCCUCUAGCAGAGGAGGAAGCGCUACUGACAUGACCGUUCCCAAAGAGACAGCGGAGGGGGAUAGCACUCCAGUUGCUAAGAAACGUCAAUCCAAAUUUAUUGCCCCAACUGAAAAACCCCCGAACCCACCAGAUAUGACGAAGACUCCUCCCGCAGUUAAAAGGACACCUCCACCAAGACCUUCCACUCAGGCAACUUCUCAAGACAAGCUUAACAAAAGAACUGAUGAUGCUUCAGACAAACCAUCCCCACCAGCUGAUCAGACAGUACCUGAGGCUCAACCCAGGAGACCACCCCCAGUGAAGAGACCCCCUCCGCCCAAGCUUAAAGAGACUGAUCCUGAGAGCAAGUCUAUUCCAAACCAACCUAUCAAACGACCUCCUGUUCCGAAAGCGAGGUCUAUUGACAGAGAAGUUGAACAUUCUGAGAAAGAAACAACUGACUCUGAGAUUUCUGAGCCUCCAGUAAAGCCAGUUGGACGACCAACAAGACCACCUGCUGUUGCUUCUCGACCAAAGAGUGUAAUUAUGAGUGAAGAUAAACCCAACGCUCGCUCUCAAGAUGAUAUCGAGCCACCAAGCCAAAUAACUGCUGCAGACGAACUAACUAUACAAAAAGAAGAAGCUACUAAUAAUGAACCCACUCAAAACAGUGUGAAAUCACCCGAGAAGCCAGCUAGCAGACCAUCAAGGCCACCCACUAUAAAGAAACCACCUCGACCAAAGAGUGUAAUUAUGAGUGAGGAUAAAGGAGAUACCAACACUCACUUUCAAGAUGAUAUCCAACCACCAAGCAAAACACCGCUACCUUCUAUAGAUGCACCAAUUGUACAAAAAGAAGAAGUUGUGAACAGUGUGAAAUCACCCGAGAAGCCAGCUAGCAGACCAUCAAGGCCACCAACUAUAAAGAAACCACCUAGACCAAAGAGUGUAGUUAUUAGUGAAAAUAGAGGAGAUACCAACACUCACUCUCAAGAAAAUAUCGAGCCACCAAACAAAACACCGCUACCUGCUACAGAUGAACCAAUUGUACAAAAAGAAGAAAUUGUAAAGCCAGCUGGACGACCAACAAGACCACCUGCUGUUGCUUCUCGACCAAAGAGUGUAAUUAUUAGUGAGGAUAAAGGAGAUACCAACGCUUUCUCUCAAGAAGAUAUUCAACCACCAAGCAAAACACCGCUACCUGCUACAGAUGCACCAAUUGUAGAAAAAGAAGAAGCUACAAUAAAUGAUACCACUCAAAACAGUGUGAAAUCACCCGAGAAGCCAGCUAGCAGACCAUCAAGGCCACCCACUAUGAAGAAACCACCUCGACCAAAGAGUGUAGUUAUGAGUGAGGAUAAAGAAGAUACCAACACUCACUCUCAAGAAGAUAUCCAACCACCAAGCAAAACACCGCUACGUUCUACAGAUGAACCAACUAUACAAAAAGAAGAAGCUAAAACUACUCAAGACAGUGUGAAAUCACCCGAGAGGCCAGCUAGCAGACCAUCAAGGCCACCUACUAUGAAGAAACAACCUCGACCAGAGAGUAUAGUUACGAGUGAAGCUACAGAACUAGAGUCCAACCCUUUGUCUCAAGAAAGUAUGAACAAUGUAAAGUAUCCUGAACAGACACCAAACAGACCGUCUAAACCCCCUACUGUGCGGAGACCAUCACUCCCAGAUAUACAACCUUCAGACGAGGCAAAGAAAGAAUCUGACGCUCAAGAGAAUGUUGUUAAACCUCUGGAAACUCCCAGGGAACAAGUAGAACAAGCUAUUGUAUUGCAACCACGGGAAGACAAAGGAGCUAAGGCUGAAAAAACAUCCCCCAAGAAUGUUAAGAGAUCACCAAGUGUAUCCAGACCACCUCCUCCUAGAGUUAGAACUGGUUCUACAGCAAAGAGGGAUGGAACAGAUAGUUCAAUCGAUCAGCCUACUAGACUCAAAAAGUCACCGAGUAUAUCCAGACCUCCACCACCCAGGGGAAGGAUUGGUUCUACGAUAAAGAAAGACAAACCAUCGGAUGAGCCCACUAAAUUGAAGAAAUCCCCGAGUAUAUCCAGACCUCCACCACCCAGGGGAAGGAUUGGUUCUACGAUAAAGAAAGACAAACCAUCGGAUGAGCCCACUAAAUUGAAGAAAUCCCCGAGUAUGUCGAGACCACCUCCACCUAAAAGCAAAGUUGUAUCCACUUCUGCUGCAGAGGGUGAAGACAAAACUGUUAAACUGCCACCCAAGAAGCGUCCAUCAAUGAAGAGACCCCCACCUCCUAAACAAAAAGUUAUUGAAACUAUUAUUCCAGAAAAACCACAAUUGAACGAUGUAUCUAUCGAAGAUAAUGUCUCCUCUGUUCAUGUUGAAAAGAAGUCUCCUCCGAAACGUCCACCGACAAUCUCAAGGCCACCUCCACCUAGCAAGUCUAGUACCACACCAUCAGAGGAAAACACGCAGCCUAGUGAAGUACUUAUACCAUCAGAGGAAAACACGCAGCCUACUGAAGUAUCUACACCAUCAGAGGAAAGCACACAGGCUACUGAAGUAUCUAUACCAUCAAAGCAGGAGGAAGUAAGUCAAGAAGAUACGGAAGUUGCGAUGAAAAUGUCCACUACACACAAAAGGCCCUCAAUCACUAUCCCUCCUCCACCUAAAAAGCCACAGGUAAAAGAAAUUCAACUGCCAUCACAAAAACCACCUGAAGACAACACAUCAUUUCAGGAAGGUUCAAGAAAGUCUCCUCCUCUUACAAGGCCUCCCCCACCAUCUACAUCUUCAGUGGAACUCAAGAACUCACCUCCACAAAGACCCAAGGCUACACCAGACACGAAACAAAGCUCUAAAGCUGAAGGUCUCACUAACAAGAAGGAAUUGACUGCGAACAAUGCACAACAUACUGAGGAACCACCAUCACAACAAAUUGAAACUCAUGAUGAUGCAGCCUUACCAGAGCAGUCAGUCACUGAAGAUAUCUCUGAGAUUGAAGUUACACAACCAGUAGAGCCUAUUGCUGAAGAUUCCGAGCUAACCAAUAGCGAGGGGCCCAGUGGUGAAGCAGCUGUGUUGGAGGUGCAAUCAGUAGACCAAGGAGAAGAUGCUAUCGAAGAACCAGAUGAGAAAAGGCUGCCCAAGGAAAGUAAGAGCACUUCGGCUUUGAUGAAGCCCAGUGGACUGAGACCAGAGGAAGAGGAGGGGAGCAUACGCAUCAUCAGAUACGAUAAAAAGGAAUCAAGCUUUGAUGAUUCUGGAGUGUUGUUGCGUGAUAAAGCAUCAAGCAAACCUAAGCCUACUCGACCUAUUUCAAUGCCUCCAGAGAAGCUCAAUCCAAGCAGGAGGGAGUCACUCAAAGUGAAGCCUGGCAGACCUCCUCCAGUGGCUGAAAAGACUUCAGAGAAGCCUAAGCCUGCUCGUCCUGGACCCCCUCCCUCCAAUAGAGGUCCUUCACCUGCUGGUAAAGCACCUCCUCCCAAGCCACCCCCUGCCAAGACAACUGGCGGAUCAAGGUCAUCCAACAAACCUCGCCCUGACAAGGAUCCAUCCAGGCCCCCACCACUACCAACUAGACCAGUACCAGGACACCCCCUUUACAAAUAUGUGUGCUCUGAGCCACAUGGCCUGGCCACUACUCACUAUGAAGCAACAGUUGAGGAUGAGCUCUCUUAUAUGGAGGGAGAUGUGAUAGAGUUUAUAGAUAAGGUGGACAGCAACUGGUACUAUGCUCGCAACGCUGACCUUGACAUGCACGAAGGGUUGGUGCUCAUCAGAAACCUUAAGAUUGUCAAGAAGCUGCCCGGCUCCAACACUGUGCAGGGAUUUGAAGACGGGCCCUGUGCCAUCGCAAAGUUCCCUUUCAACGCUCAGAGUAUGGAUGAGCUGAGCUUUGAAGCAGGUGAUCUGAUCAUGCUCAAAAUGAGGGUGGGGAAGGACUGGCUGAGGGGAAAGCUGAUCAAUGGCGGAGAUGGCAUCUUCCCAGCCAACUUUGUAGAGGUUGUGGAGGACCUCCCCUCUGAUGCGAUAGAAGAGCCAGCCCAACAGUCCACUGUCGCACAGAGCACCGUAGAUACCAGGGAGCCACAUUGUGUGGCCUUGCACUUGUUCUCGGCCGAGGGUCCCAAUGAGUUGUCGAUCUCUCCCGGAGAUGUGGUCUUGCUGGUGGGCCGUGAGGGGGAUUGGUUCAAGGGCCGUGUAGGAGGAAAGGAAGGAAUCUUUCCUUCCAGUUUUGUAGAGGUGAAAGUGGACCUGCCUCCUCAACAGCAGCAGGCUAAAACCGAAUCUCCUGCUCCCUUUCCUGUGGUCACUGUUACAGCUACAUUCGACUAUGAUGGUCAAGAAGGAGACUUGUCAUUCAAGGCUGGUGAGAAGAUCACCCUGCUGAGUAGAGUGAAUGAAGAAUGGGUGUUUGGGGAGCUGGCUGGUCAGAAAGGAAUGCUGCCUGUCGAUUUCAUUGAUUCCAACCCAGACUCACUUCCCCCUCACAAGAAAGAAGAGAAGAAGCAACCGCAACCCCCUUCUCAGCCCCAGCAAGCCACUGGCAAGUGUGAGGCUCUGUUUGACUUUGAUGGAGAUGUGGGGAGCGGUGAGUUGGCCUUCAAGACAGGGGAUGUCAUCACUACCACAGAGUGGGUCAACCAGGAGUGGGUAAAGGGCACCACUGACGGACGGACAGGUAUCUUUCCCAUCAACUUUGUCAAGGUCACCAAGGAGCUUCCAAAGUCAACCAAAUCUGGUGAUAAGACACAGUCUUCCUCGCUGACCAAUAAGACAGUAGUGACUGAGGACCUCAUGCCAAAGGGUGUGGCUCUGUACGACUAUGAGGCAGGGAACAGCAAUGAACUGAGCUUCAAGGAGGGAGACACUUUGUAUAUUUUCUCUCGUGUCAGCAAUGAGUGGUAUGAGGGAGAGAACACUGCCUCUGGAACAUUUGGACAAUUCCCCACUAACUAUGUCAAUGUCACUGUGCCUCUGCCUUGAUGGACAGUUUCAUACAUGUAGCUAGGGCUGUUAUAUAGUUUAGCUGUGUAGUGGUUUUUAUUUAAUUUUGUGUUGACUGUUUUUGUGUGUGUUUAUAAAUGAAAAUUUGAUUAUUUUG